AUGCCGUGUCAAGUCAAAGGAACGGCAUUCAUCACCGGUGGCGGUUCAGGAAUCGGCAAGGCCACUGCUCAAGCCUUCGCAGAAAAUGGCAUCCAAUCCAUCGCCUUAGUCGACUUGAACAUACCUCUCCUCGAAAAGACCCGCGAUGAGCUCCUCGCCCAGUUCCCGGCUAUCAACGUGGAGGCUCUCCAGGCAAAUGUUGCCGACGAGGCAUCCGUCGAGGAUGCAGUGCGCAAGACAAUCGAGUGCUUCGGCAGUAUCGAUAUUGGUAUUAACUGCGCCGGAAUUAGUGGCAUGCCCACACCGACUGAUCGGAUGACGCUGGCGGAGUGGCAGAAAGUUAUCGAUGUCAAUCAGACCGGAGUAUGGCUAUGUCAGAGGGCUUUGAUUCGGCAGAUGCUGCGGCAGGAGUCGCGGGGUAGCCGUGAAGGACGAGGCGUCAUUGUGAACGUCUCGUCGAUGUUUGGCGUGAGUGGUCCCCCUGGGCCAUUCGACAUUCCCCACUACACAGCGGCGAAGCAUGCGGUGGUGGGGUUAACCAAGAUGGACGCGAAAGCGUACUCGCGACAAGGAAUUCGCAUCAAUGCUAUCUGUCCCGGAUUUGUCGACACUCCCAUCAUCAAACAGCAGAUUGAAUCUGGGUCGAUGAACCCAGCGUUCGAGAUGACGCCCCUUGGACGGCCGGCGCAAGUGGAGGAGAUUUCGGAUGCGAUACUUUUCUUGUCCUGCCCCAUGAGCAGCUAUAUGUGCGGUGCAGCGCUGGUGGUGGAUGGAGGAUUUACUGUCUAG